ACAACCUGCAAAGAUGAGUGACGCCAAGCCCGACGUUUCAGAAGUGAGCAGCUUCGACAAGUCCAAGCUGAAGAAGACCGAGACCCAGGAGAAGAAUCCCCUCCCCCCACCCUCCCCUCCUGCAUUGCCUUGUUUUCAGCCACUUCUUCUAGAUGUAUAACUUUGUAACCGAAAGUAUGACACGGCGACAAUAACCACGCUGCACAGCCUGUGGCCGGGGGACGCGUUUCCCUUUUUUCUUUCUUCUUCUGGGCCCUCGUCUCCUUUAACAAAUGCCACCAUGACAGAGGGGGGGGGGGGUGUGGGUGGGGGGGUUGAGGCAGACGCAUGUCGCUGGAGGUGUGCUCAAAAGGGGGGUGGGGUGCGGCACAGGAAGCUCAUGAGCGUCCCCCCCCGCCCACCCACCACCUCCACCACCACCCAGCUUCCUGUGCGGCUGCUUUUUUGGCCCGAGUUGAGGCACCAGGCUUUUAUUUUUAUUUUUUUGGUUAUCGUUUCUUCGUCUUUUUGGAAAUGCACAACUUUGUUUGUCCGCUGGCCAAAAUGUAAAUGCCCCCAAACAAUUAAGACCCUGUUUAUUUGUUUAUAUAUAUAUGUUCACAAGGAUAAAAACCCAGACCUGGGAGCCGCGCAAAUGGAACUCAUCUACGGUUUAAUGUCAACGUCCUUCUGUCGAAACGAUUCAUGGUGGCUCUUGUGUUGCAAUCCGUCUCUGAAUUGUCUCUGAUGAGGAAACUCAAAAAUAUACCGGCAAGUGAUUCCAUUUGUGUGCUUUCGACGGUAGAUCAGCGUCCUCAAUCGUUCCAGCAGCCAUGUUACCCUGCCACAAAACAUCACUAGAAAUGAAAAAAAAACGUGAAAUGUUGUAAUAAAAAAGAAUUUGUUACUAAAGAA